AUGGCCAUUGGUGACCGCUUUUGGGAUUAUUGCUUGGCAAAUGAGAAGGCCCAGGCUGAUAUUGAAAGCCUCAAGAAAAAAGUACAGAAACGUGAGAGGACCAUCGGGAACCAAGCAUUCGAGGUGUCUAUUGUCGAUUCCAAAUUAGUAGAGGCUGAGAAGAACUAUGCCACGUUGACUGAAGAGGUCGAUAAAAUGACGGAGUUCCUGGCAAAUUCCAGGAAUAAGGAGAGCGAGAUUCAUUGGGAGGAUGUCGCGCUCCACGCUGCUAGGGUUAGCCUUGAAUUAGAGCUCUUCCUUAAGCAUGCUUUCAUGUCAACUCCACUAUUUGACGACGAAGAGAGCAAAAUUGAAGGCGACGAUAACUUUGCAAGGGAAGAACCUCUCUUGGCCUCCCACAAUGUUGCCUUCGUAGUUAGUGGGGCCCUUAAUUUUGAGGCUAACAUGGCCAUUGGUGACCGCUUUUGGGAUUAUUGCUUGGCAAAUGAGAAGGCCCAGGCUGAUAUUGAAAGCCUCAAGAAAAAAGUACAGAAACGUGAGAGGACCAUCGGGAACCAAGCAUUCGAGGUGUCCAACGUUUUGAAGUAA